GCAAGUUGCAACAGCAAAUAGAGCAGCCCUAGUCAUAUGAAUAACCUCGUGAGUUUUUAACUUGUGCUUAAAAUCUGUUACAGUUAAUCCACCGUAAAUGCCAUACUUCUCAUUAGAGGGGAAACUUGUUUGGGUCGACUUUGAAAUCAGCGCGCAUGAGUACCAGCAGAUUACAGCACAUUAAGGAUCAUCUUUUGGGUGAAUACAAGGUAGGCUAAUAUAUUGUAUUACAAUAUUAUAAACCUAAAUUCUAGACGUGUCACAGUCGUUUGUCUGCAGGAUUAUUAUGACAUUUAUGAAAAUAAUCAAGCGAAAGUAAAAGAUGGUCAAUAUAACAAAUGCUGGGUUAGUUCAGCUCAUAGACAUUAAGGGUUCAGCUAGGCCUACCUUCUAUUUUAACCCAAAUAAUAAAUAAUUCAUAGGCUACAGUUAGCCUACAGCUUUCUGUAUAUAUUGUGCAAAGUUACAGUAGCCAUAUGUCCAUAAUGUUUACUCACUAUGCUGUCGGUGUAUACGCUGUAGUGUGCAAAGAUGGCAGCUCCAUACAGCCCCCUGACCACUCACGUCCUGAACACCGGGAUUGGCGUCCCUGGAGCCCACAUGGCCCUCAGCCUGCAUCGCCUGGAUCCCUCCACUUCACUCUGGAACCUUCUCACCACAGGGUAACCUCAUCACAGAGAGUGCUGCAGCACCAGUUAACAUAGACAUAGAAUGGAAAUUAACACAAUCAUUUCUUAGCAGCUCCAUAAUAAUCCAUAUAAUAGACAAAUACACAUUUAGUAUUUACUUUAUCAAUUUCAGAUUCACCUGUACAGCCUCUUUCAGUAGGGCUGCAUAAUAUUAUUAUCAAAUAUGAAUAUAUACCGGUAGUAAUGUUAAUGAGACAAGGCUUAUUUCAGGAUCACAUCAAACCAAUGUCCAAUGUAUUCAGUAUUUUAUAUAAUUUAUUCUCAGGACUACUAAUGAUGAUGGGCGCUGCCCAGGACUCAUCAACAGAGAAGCUUUUACUCCAGCAGUGUACAAGAUGCGCUUUGAGACGGGCCAAUACUGGGAGAGUCUGGGAGAGACCUCUUUCUACCCAUAUGUCGAGGUUAGUUCAAGACAGUCUUCAAUGCUUUUAUCAUAAAUAAUAGGUGCAUUUAAAUGUUUGACUGUUGGAAUAUAAAGUUAGACAUAAAUGUUUCUUUAUAUCCACAGAAUCAGCUUCUGUUUAUUUCCUAGUCAGCUAUGCGAUCGCUAACUGAACACUAAAUGAUUCGGUAACUCCUAUUGGUUGGCUGAGUAGUUACUAACACAUUGGUGGUCUGUGUUUAUCUGCAGAUAGUCUUCACCAUAACGGACCACAGUCAGAAGUACCAUGUUCCUCUGCUCUGCAGCCGCUUCUCCUACAGUACCUACCGGGGGAGCUAGAGAGUCUGUCACUCAUCCCCUCUCACCAUCUCUCACCUGGGCCACGUUCAGUUGCCAAACGUUGUCUAAUCUCGGUUAACCCAGAACUAA